AUGUUUAUCAAUGGUAAAAGUAAAAGUAAUAAUGGUCUUACCAAAUCAUCAGCAUCAUCCCCAUCAACAUGUUCUUCUACAUUUGCAUCCACCUGUACCCAUCAUCUUGGCCCAGAAAAUGCUAGCUCUCUGCGUACUUACCCUUUGCCCCCACCUCAACCACCUCCUCGGAAUAAUCGAUCAAUCCUGAAGCAGUCACCCGUGUCAUCGAAUGGUUCUCCCAGUAGUACAUCUGAAGAUACUUCUGGAUAUGAUAGUUUAAAUACCAAUGUACGUUUUUCGAUGACUCCAGCAGGAAAAUUUUUCACGCAAUUCUUCAGUGAUGCCAUGCAAUAUUUCAAUCAUCCAAUGCAUAAUGUAAUUUGGAGCGAAGAACCACCAACGACAUGCAUGUCAGGCAAUAAUAUCAUCACCCAGGAGAAAAUUAUCAAUAGUGACGAUAAAUUCAGCGUGGAAAUUGAUGUAUCAGUUUUUCUUUUGGAAGAGCUAUCCAUUACUUAUGACUAUAAUCAACGAGAGAUUCACAUUGAAGGAUGUCAAAAAAAGCGUGACGACGGAUUUGAUUCUGUAGAACGUUCAUUUAAAUGCAAAUAUGAUAUAGCAGAUGAUGUAGAGGAAGAAUCUUUGGCAGCUUACUUGACACCAGAAGGUUUUCUUACAGUACAAGCUCGAAAAAAAAGUACUAAAAAAGAUAGUCGGCGAAUUCCGAUUCAAGCUGUUUCCUACGUACCGGAUUUAUCUCAUCAAACUGCUACAAACAUUACAACGAAUCAAUGUGCCAAAUUUUCUGGUACUGGUAAGACAAAAAUCAGUCCUCCGGUACCACCUAAGCCUAAAUUUCUUUCAAAGCAAUUAGUUUCUGAAUACCGAGAAAAUCCUGAAGUUAAUAAAGAAUUUGAAAAUGUAAAAAAACCUGCAAAGAAAGAAACAGAAGUACUAGAUAUUAAACACUUGCAGCAACCUAAAAACGAACCUAAACCCAAUAAGGAGUACUUAAAUAUUUUUUGCUAA